AUGCCAGGCGCGGGUGACGCACCACCAAUUCUCGACUUUUCGAGUUUCUACAAAAACGAUCCCACCGCGAAGAAGAGGCUCGUAGAGGAAGUCCGGAAUUGCUGCUUGCACAAUGGCUUCUUUCAGAUUACAGGGCACAACGUGCCGCUCGAACUACAGAACAAGAUCAUGAACUGGAACAAGAAGUUCUUCGAUCUCGAGCUGGAACAGAAGAACACAGUCAACAAGGACACAACAAACACAUGGAACCGCGGAUACGAGCUGAUGAAAUCGCAAAUCCUCGAGGAGGGCACACUACCAGAGCUCAAGGAAGGGUUCUACAUUGGCGACGAAAUUACGAAAGACCAUCCGUACUUCGUUAACAAGAAACUCAACUCAGGCCCCAACAUGUGGCCAUCUAAAGAGAUUCUCCCCGAUGUCGAUGACUUCAAGAGCACAGCACUGGACUACUACGGCCAAGUCGUUGCGCUCGCCAAAGACAUCCUCAAAGUCCUAGCCCUGACACUGGAUCUGGAAGAAAGCUGGUUCGACUCGUACAGCAGCGACGCCGUCGCCACAAUGCGGCUUCUGCACUACCCCUCGCAGCCCGCCGACAGCCCCCCGAAACUAACACGCGGAAUCGGCGCACACACCGACUUUGGCUGCGUGACCAUCCUGCUACAAGGCGACGUUGCCGGGCUGCAAGUCUACGACUACGCGACCAAAGAAUGGCUGGACGUGGCGCCCACGCCCGGCGCUUUCGUCGUCAACCUCGGCAAUCUGAUGAUGCGCUGGUCAAACGACAAGUACAUCUCCAACCUGCACCGCGUCAUCAACAAGAGCGGAGAAGAGCGCUACAGCAUCCCUGUUUUCUUCUCCGGCAAUCCGGACUACGAGGUCAAGUGUUUGCCCAACUGCCGGAAAGAGGGCGAGGAGCCAAAGUGGCCGCCGAUUACCGUCGAGCAGGCUAUCAAGAAUGGGUAUGCGGACUCGUAUGGGAGGGCAGAGAGGUACAAGAAGGAGGCCGCAGCCAAGGCAGCGAGAGAAGCAUUGGCGAAGCCGGGGCAGCAGGUUGCUGUUGCGUGA